GCCUGCAGACUCCGCUGGCCCGGCUCGCCCGAGCUCGCCCGCUGCUCGCCAGCCCGGGAGCGGGAGGAGAGAAUUCGAACGCUUCCGCUGUUGGCUACUCAGUAUCGUGGUUGCCUCAUUGCGGCUGGCGUUCCUUAUACAGACACAUCGUUUCUUUGUAAUACUUCUAAAGAAACGGAAUAACCUUCAAGCUGGCGGGAGCAAUGGUUCACAUAAAGAAAGGCGAGCUGACCCAGGAGGAAAAGGAGCUGCUGGAAGUCAUCGGGAAAGGUACUGUCCAAGAAGCUGGAACGCUGUUAGCCAGCAAGAAUGUUCGUGUCAACUGUUUGGAUGAGAAUGGAAUGACUCCGCUAAUGCAUGCCGCAUAUAAAGGAAAACUUGAUAUGUGCAAAUUACUUUUACGACACGGAGCUGAUGUAAAUUGUCAUCAGCAUGAACAUGGAUACACAGCCCUCAUGUUUGCUGCACUUUCUGGUAAUAAAGACAUCACGUGGGUAAUGUUGGAAGCUGGUGCCGAGACAGAUGUUGUCAACUCCGUAGGAAGGACAGCAGCUCAGAUGGCAGCGUUUGUGGGUCAACAUGAUUGUGUGACUAUCAUCAACAAUUUCUUUCCUCGAGAGAGACUGGAUUAUUACACUAAACCCCAGGGAUUGGAUAAAGAGCCGAAACUGCCCCCAAAGUUGGCGGGCCCACUGCACAAAAUUAUCACCACAACAAAUCUUCAUCCUGUCAAGAUUGUGAUGCUUAUAAAUGAGAAUCCUCUGCUGGCAGAAGAAGCAGCUCUGAAUAAAUGCUACAAGGUGAUGGAUUUGAUUUGUGAGAAAUGUAUGAAGCAAAGAGACAUGAAUGAAGUCUUGGCUAUGAAAAUGCAUUACAUCAGCUGUAUCUUUCAGAAAUGCAUUAACUUCUUAAAAGAUGGAGAGAAUAAACUGGAUACUCUGAUCAAAAGCUUGUUAAAAGGCCGAGCUUCUGAUGGCUUUCCGAUAUAUCAAGAAAAGAUCAUUAGAGAAAGUAUCAGAAAAUUUCCUUACUGUGAAGCUACCCUCCUCCAGCAGCUGGUGCGAAGCAUUGCUCCGGUGGAAAUUGGUUCCGAUCCCACUGCAUUCUCUGUACUUACCCAAGCCAUCACUGGUCAGGUGGGUUUUGUGGAUGUUGAAUUUUGCACUACCUGUGGAGAAAAGGGAGCAAGUAAAAGAUGCUCAGUAUGCAAAAUGGUAAUAUAUUGUGAUCAAACCUGCCAGAAAACACACUGGUUUGCACAUAAGAAAAUCUGUAAGAAUCUCAAGGACAUUUAUGAGAAGCAACAAUUGGAAGCUGCCAAAGAAAAGAGUGAAGAGGAGAACAAUGGCAAACUCGAUGUCAAUUCUAAUUGUGUUAAUGAAGAGCAGCCAGAGGCGGAAACAGGAAUCUGCCAAGAGGAUUGCGGUCCUAAAGAUUCUACGGAAGGGGAUAAGGAAUCUCUUCAGAGUGAUGCUGGCUUGGAAUGCUUACAGGAUGCUCCUGCAGGUCCACAGGCAUCUGAGGAGUAAAAGGCAGAGCAGUGCCAACAUGAUGGUCCUCCCUCUGGCAGGUAGCUGGAAAACUCAUGUGACUGUGUCCUCAUUGCCUUGUGACACCUGCAUGGCACUGUGGCAAGAUUUCAUAGAAGAGAGGCUUUCCAGCAAAGCUCUGUCCACCAUGCCCUCAUUUCCUCCUGAUUUCUGUUCUAGAGUUGGACAGAUAUUCCUAGGGAAAAACGUAUUUUUCAAAAUAUGGGAGAAAUAUUUCUUUUUCUCUUUUUUUUUAAGGAAGAUUGGCCCAGAGCUAACACCUGUUGCCAAUCUUCCUCUUUUUUUUCCCUCCCCAAAGCCCCAGUACAUAGUUGUAUAUUCUAGUUUUAAGUCCUAGUUCUUCUAUGUGGGAUGCCACCACAGCAUGGCUUGAUGCUGUGAUGUGUAGGUCUGUGCCCAGGAUCCAAGCCAGCAAACCCUGGGACCCUGAAGUGGAUCGCGCCAACUCAACUACUAUGCCACCAGGCUGGUCCUAGGAGAAACGUUUCUAUUCCUUUUCUGAACUCAGCUUUCCAGCAGUUGUUCUCAGAGGAAAAUAAAUUCCCUGAAAGAAGAAAUACAAGCUGUAGAAAACAAAGGGGCAAGGAGAACAGGUGUAGAAGAGAGGAGAGUUUCAGGAAAG